AUGUUGUGUAGACUGUUGUAACUUGUAGUUGUCUGUAACAAUAUUUUAUUAAUUAAUAAUAACGAUUGACUAUUAAGUGGAUAAUUCAACUCACUGUCCAAGGUCUUAAUUUUUAGUAUGUUUGCCUUGAUGUUCGUUUUGGAAUAAUAUUAUUGCAAUAUUGUGAGAACUCAAGUGGUUUAACAACUUCUUAUAUUUUUUAUCACAGUUCAAAGGAAUAUAGCUGACUGAGUGUAAUAUUAAUCUGUCCACAUUUAAAUUUAAAUAUAAUAACUUCAGCAAAACCAGACCAUGUCUAUAGAAAAGGAAGAAUGUGAACUGGAACAACUGGUGUCUUCAGAUGAAGAACCCAGACCAACUGAUAUAACACAAAUUACAMCUCCUAUCACACCCAAGCCUCCUCCAAGAGCUCAUUCCCAUUCAGAUAGUCGAACUAAGACUAGCAAUUCACUUUCUAUUGAAAGCCAAAAGAACGAAUGUCACAAAUCUACAGCCAGGUUGUCUAGUACCUCAUCCAUACACCAAGAUAAACCACAGACCCAAUCAUCAAAAGACAUAGGAGGUACUACUCGCCUGAUGUGUGUUAAUGAGAGAUUAGGGCGCAGUUCUCUUCAUGACUACAAACCACCACGACCGCCACCUCCAAAUUUUAGUAAAUUGCAAAAUAAAAAAGAUGUGACCGAUGUCAGACAAAUGGAGCAAGCCCUACAACAACUACUUGAAGAUUUUCACUCUGGCAAAUUACGUGCAUUUGGUAAGGAUUGCAGUAUGGAACAAAUGACAGCUAUACGUGAACAACAAGAACAUUUAGCAUGGUUACAUUUUGAACUUGGUGUGAGACAGGAUGGUUCGAAUCCGCUCAGCGAACAAGGCAUUACAAAAGGUACAGAAAACAUGCACUCCCUCAUGGCUAGCCUAGAACAGCUGUCUUUAUCCAUUGAAAAAUUACAUUCGUUUAGUAAUUCAACGUCCGAUUAAAAUUUAACCCACAACAUGUAUAAACAAUUGACUUUUAUUGGUACUCGGGAUCAUUGACAAUAUAAUUUAAUGAAUGGAAUUGUACAAAAGAAAAUAAUAUUGCUCAUUUAUUCAUUCCAUGAACAAUUUUACCAUUAAUGUUGUUUUUCCUUGUUAAGUUAUUAAAUAAAUAUAGUGAAUUUUUA